CUAAGUUGUGAAUGGCUAAGUACAUUCAUGCACAUUAAGUAACAUAAGCUAAGGAUAUUCUUUGUGAUCUGGUUGAGAAAUAUUGAGAAUGGCAAGGAAAUGCACAUAUUGUGGAAACAUGGGUCACAAUUCAAGGACUUGCAACAACACUAGACAUCUAAGGCUUUUUGGUGUGCAACUUGACGUGUCUUCUUCUUCAUUAUCACCACUCACAAGUUCUUAUUCACCUUCAUAUCUCACCAUGCAAAGAAGUUUCAGUUUGGACUACUUGUUUGCUCCACAGUCUUCUUUAUCUGCACACUCUUCCUCUUCCUCCUCCUCGGCUCCGCCACAGCUUGAUGCUACCGAAAAAUCAGAUAACUACUUAGCUAGUAGUGCCAAUGUCCUCACAUCAACAAUCCAAGGCAAGAAAAAAGGGGUGCCGUGGACAGAGGAAGAGCACAGGGUAUUUCUUGUGGGGCUUGAGAAGCUGGGGAAGGGUAACUGGAGAGGCAUAUCUAAAGACUUUGUGAAAACAAGAACACCAACCCAAGUGGCCAGUCAUGCACAAAAACUUUUCCUCAGUCUGUCUCAUAAAAGCUUCAAAAAAAGAAAAAGCCAUCCCACCUUGCUUGAUGUUGUAGAUGAAUGCAAACUAAGUGAAGCUUUUGGUCCACUUGGGUUCCCAUCUGGAGGAAAAACUGAUAAGUUGAUUUCAAAUGAUAUCAACAUGAGUCUCUUUAGUAGCAACCAAAAUUUUCUUUCUGAAUGGCUUUGGCAUCCUCAUGAUCCACUGCUGAAAUGGCCUAGUACCACUUCAACGAAUUCAAGUCCUCAGAGCACAGCCCCUGAUUUAGAACUAAAACUUGCAAUUACUCCCAUGAUGCCAUUGUAGUUAAACAGAGGGCAUUGCAACUCCCAUGCUUGACCGGCAAUGUGUCUGAUAAAAUGAGGCCCAAAGAGACCCACAUUGCAGAUUUGGGUUUGUCAUGUGUGAGAAAUGGACAGCAUUAAUUAGUUGAUGACCUCUUUAUAUAAAAGGUUACAUAGAGCCCAUAUUUUUUACCUUGUCUUGUAUUACUUAAUCAGCCAUGUGGGCAUGCUGCACUCUGCCUCUGCACUGUUAGCUAUCCAGUAUGUUUUCAUAUUUUCAAAUAGAGAAAAUAGUAAGAGAUAUAUUUUGCACACCCUUCAAAUAAUAUUUACCUAAAAUAAAUUGGUGCUUGGUGUGUUACUUGACUUCAGGUCAAGGUAUAGUACCCCAAAUGAGUUAGCAUAAUAAUAAAGAUUCAUGUAUUACAUGAGUCAGCAAUUGUAUUUUCCCAAUAA